GAAGGAAGGUCGCCGCUCUUUUAAAGAACUAAAGGAAGAGCGUCCGGAUUUGAGUAUUCGUGACGUGCACAGCGUUGUACUACGCCUCACCCGCUGGCAUGGGGAAGAAGAGCGGAAAAAUUGUUUGGAUGAUGACGUCUGUGAGGAACUUCUUAUCGAUGUUGGCAAAUUUCCUGCUUUGCUCGAUUACUGUCAG